AUGCCUCGAGAUCCAUUGAUUGGGCUGGUUGGAAAGCCAUCCAGCGGAAAAUCCACGACUUUGAAUAGUUUGACCGAUGCUAGCUCUAAAGUUGGCAACUUCCCGUUCACGACCAUUGAUCCUCAGCGCGCCAUUGGCUACCUCCAGAUAGAAUGCGCAUGCCAACGAUAUAAUGUUGCCGAUAAAUGUAAGCCGAAUUACGGAAGCUGCGUUGAAGGACGCCGAUCCGUUCCCAUCGAGCUUCUUGACGUCGCAGGUCUUGUUCCAGGAGCACACCAGGGGCGCGGUCUGGGAAAUAAAUUCUUGGACGAUCUGCGCCAUGCAGACGCCCUGAUUCAUGUUGUUGAUGUCAGCGGGACUACAGACGCGGAAGGUAAGGCAACGCGAGGAUACGACCCAUCGCAAGACAUUGAGUGGCUGCGGUCCGAAAUCGUGCGAUGGGUGUUGGGUAACCUGAUGCAAAAAUGGGGUUCUGUCAAGAGAAGGCAUAUCGCAAUCAAAUCGACGGCCGUGGAUACCUUGCAAGGUCAAUUCUCUGGUUACGGAAGCACAUCCACAACGGUUGCACGCUGCUUGGAUCGAUUAGGCUUGAAAGAACCUCUCGAAGAUUGGUCUGAUGAGACCAUUGAACGGGUCGUUCAGGCCUUCAUCGAUGAAAAAUUUCCUACAGUAUUCGCCUUGAAUAAGAUUGAUCAUCCUGACGCGGACAAGAAUAUCAGCAAGAUCGCGAAAAUGCAGGAUCCGAAAUCUAUAGUUCUCUGUUCUGCUAUAUCAGAGGUCUUCCUCCGCAGAUUGGCAAAACAAGGCUAUAUCAAGUACACAGAAGGCAGUGAAUUCGUAGACACUCGAGAAGACCUUAUCGAAAUGGGUGAUCCUGAUGGGGGUGGCCUGAAAGAGAUGGAUGAGAAACUGAGAAGUCGCGUUGAAAAUUUGAAAGACAUGGUCCUCUACCGCUUUGGGUCCACGGGAGUCGUGCAGUGUCUCUCGCGAGCAGCCGAGGUUCUCGGUCUUGUUCCUGUCUUCCCCGUCAGGAACGUACACACAUUCUCAUCUGGUGCAGGAUCUGCCGCUUUUAGAGAUUGUGUAUUAGUGAAGAAAGGUAGUACGGUGGGCGACGUGGCUCACAAGGUGAUGGGUGACGUACCCAUCUCAUAUAUCGAGGGUGUCGGUGGAACCCGAGUGUCGGAAGACGAGAUAGUCGGAGUUGGGAAGCACGAUGUACUCUCAUUCAAGCCUGGCCGAUAG